CCUUUCCAAGAGAGGGAACCUAAGAAUUUGCACAAAAAUGGCGGCGCCCGUUUUAAACGCCGCCCUGCGCGGAUUCCGGAGGAGCAGAGGGUUUAGUACUACUGCUGUCCUCUGCAAACUGGGUGUACCUCUGGGACCAAUGCCUAAUGAAGACAUUGAUGUUAGUAACUUGGAAGCACUGGAAAAGUAUCGUGUUUUCACUCGUUAUUUCAAGGUAGCAGAAAAAGAGAAUAAAAAAACUCCUUGGUGGCGAACAUAUAAGAAACACAUCACUCCAGAAGAAGAUAAAGAGGCAAAGAUCGACAUUGGUCUGCCUAGUCUUCCACUAUCACGAAAAAAUAUAUCUAAAGAGAGAAAGGCUUUUAGGAAGCAAAAUUUAACUAAUCCGGAACUGGAACAGGCAUCCUGGCUCAAAACAUUGCAGAUUCCUCUAGAUGAUGUCAGAGCUGAAUGGGAAAGAACCAGUGGCCCAUAUCACAAGCAACGAUUAGCAGAACACUAUGGACUGUACCGGGACUUGUUUGAUAAUGCCCUGUUUGUUCCUAGAGUGCUUCUAAAAGUGGAAUAUAACCAGAAUGAGGAUUAUGUUAUGCCAGUUUAUUAUGGAAAUGUGGUUACUCCCACAGAGGCUUUUAAUACUCCUGAAAUCUCAUUUGAAGCAGAUGAAGGAACACUUUGGACUUUGUUGCUCACUAAUCUAGAUGGACACCUGUCUGAUGGCAAUUUGGAGUACGUCCAUUGGUUGGUGACGGUAAUAAAGGGACGUAAAGGUCGGUCUCCUUGUCCUAUGGUAGCGAUGCAGAAGGAAGAUAAGUUUGUCGUGGCCGGUAUUGAUUUUACUGAAGAUGUGCGGCCAACACCAUGUCACAGCCUCAAGAUGAGAACCUUCAAAACAUUUGACUUCUACAAGAAGCAUCAGAGUGAUAUGACACCAGCAGGACUGGUGUUUUUCCAGUGCGAGUGGGAUAAUUCUGUCACAAACGUCUUUUAUGAGCUUCUUAGUAAGUAA